AUGGAAAAGUCUUCCGACAAGCAGGUUUUUCGUCUUUAUCUGGAGAAGAGGGUAGCCAGGUUGAAGUAUCCUCCCGAUCCAGCUGUUUUUGUUCAUCCUGAAAAGAGCGUUAACUGGGAGCCCUUUGUCUUUCUUGGUACUGAAGAUGAAAAAACUCUGCGGACCUUUAAAACCCAAAUUGCUAAGUUCUUUUCUAUGUACUUGGGUUCGUCCCAAGUUGAAUCAGAACAUCUGGCUGUUGAAAUUAUGAAGGUGAUCACUUCUAAGGACAGCAUUCGAAAUGAGGUAGUCAACAUUUUAAAGCAGAGCAUGAGCCUUGAGUUGGCAAGUUAUAAGACGCUAGAUCACCUGCGUUUAUUGGCGGAUGGAGGCAAGGAGGCUGACGGUGGCGUAUUUGCUAAACUCAAUCGCACUCGACGUGAAGCUCCACAGGCCUCUAAAUUUGCCGUGAUGGAUGGAAUUCCGGGAAAUGGUGCUGAUUCUGAUGAAAUGCGGGGUCAAGAUGGCAAUCAGAAGGUAUUCGCUGUUUCCAAUGCAAGUAAAUCUAAUCAAACUGCCCCAUUGAAUGAGACUGUCAAACAAAGAGAAGCCAUUGCUAACGACCCAGAUACUGUAAGGAAGAAUGAAAAUGAAAAUUCUGAGGGCUCUUUUAUAGCAAAGAAGGCUGUCGAUAUGCAGGUUCCCUUAGAGGAUGCUGGUUCUGCCGGCAAAUCAGUGCAGAGUGGGAAAAAGGCAGAUUAUGAUGUUCCUAAUGAAGGGCAAAAGAAUUUGCCAAAUAUAAAGUUAUCUGGAGAGCGUGUAGGCUCUGUUGGCGAUGAAGAUGCUGAUCUGGAGCCAAGAGAAUUGAAUCCCAAACCGCUUUUUUCUCCCACCACCCUGGCAGCUAUUCAUGACGUUAUAUCAGCUUAUGAUGCUGAUCAAGGUAACGGGUUUCGAUACGUUUUUACAAAUGGCAGGGUCUCCCUUAAUUUCUCAGUUACAUUCUUAGAUCGGAUGUCACCUAGCGCUUACGAUCUGAUCUUCCACAAUUGUCGGAAAGGCCCCAUCGAUGUGUCGAUAGCAAUGGUGGAGCGAAACGGAAACAAUUACCUCUCCAUAGGCGAGCAACCGUUGACGAUCCUCUUCCUCGUGUUUUCCCUCAUAUACGUCUUCCUUUCAGUCGUUUGGAGCUUGCAUCUACGAUUUUCCAAGGCUCCCGUCUUCCGAAUUCACCGCCUCAUGCUGGCCAUGGUUAUCGUCAAAUCCAUUUCUCUCAUGUUCCAUGCGAUUAAUUAUUUCGUGAUCGGAAGGCAUGGUGUUCAGGAGGAGGGUUGGGCUGCGAUGGACUACAUUGCUCACCUAACUCGAGGAUUUCUGUUAAUCGUCACCAUCCUAAUGAUCGGUGCUGGUUGGACGUUCAUCAAGCAUGUCUUCACGCGCAAGGAGAAACAGGUCUUUCUCAUCGUCAUUCCAUUACAGGUGUUUGCAAAUAUCGCGACCAUAGUGAUAAAUGAAACAGAACAGGGCGCGAAGCGCUUUGCUCUGUGGAACGAGAUCUUUACGGUGGUGGAUCUGCUUUGCUGCGCUGGAGUGCUGUUUCCUGUUAUCUGGUCCAUCCGCCAUCUGCGUCAGGCGGCGCAGACUGACGGGAAGGUUGCGCAGAAUUUGCGUAAACUACGACUUUUUCGUCAUUUCUACAUUCUUGUCAUCUGCUACAUCUACUUCACUCGCAUCAUCGUCAACCUGCUGCGAAUGACCACACCCUUUGCGUGGACUUGGCUGGUAGAGCUCUUUGAGCAGACCGUCACGCUAAUCUUUUACAUCUCUGUGGGACACAAGUUCCGGCCCUUCAACGACAAUCCAUAUCUACAGCUUCCAACCUCGGAGGAGCAAGAGGCAGAAGAUGUUGUCAUGGAGCUUUUUAAUAUGGAGGAGGCCUUAUCACAGUCGGGUAUGAUGGAUGGAGUGACGCGUAUCCAUCGGCCGCAAAAUCUUGAGGCGGCACGAGAGAAUCGGCGUCGGCGUGAAGACGCGGCUAAUCGACCGUUGCCAGGGGACGCGGAGGCUGCAGACUCAGAUUUGCUCCCACUCAUUCAUCCUUAG